AAACCGGUCCAAAGCGGCGGUGAAUUGGUCUCCAAAUUUGACAGUCCAUUAGAAGCACAAUUCCCGGACGCGCCGACCGAUGUGGGCGUCUUCACCGAAGUGAUCACCAAAACCACAUACACCGAAAACAUAGUGACUAGAGUUACUAAUAAUGUCCUAUCAUUGCCCCCCAUUGAUGAGACCGUAACACUUGUCAAGUCUGACGGACGAGGUCUCGGUCUCAGUAUUAUUGGAGGUUCAGACCAUUCGUGUCAUCCAUUUGGCGGUAGCGAACCCGGGAUUUUCGUAUCGAAAGUCGUAGCCGAUGGUCUCGCUCACAGAACCGGUAAAAUACGAAUUGGCGACCGACUGAUCGCCGUUAAUGGCGUCGACGUAUCGAAGGCGACGCAUAACGAAGCG